GCGUCAACAUUGCAACAAUGUUUGACUAUGAGUUUCUUGUCAGGAAUAUAUUUAAGUUUUGUGUAAAUUUUGGAAUGUUUUUAAUAAAUGGACAUGGAUACAAUUGAAAUCUCUUCGGAUCCAAGUCCACUAAAAAUUUCCAUUUGUAAGGCGAAUGAAAGUACGAAAAGCGAAAAUAAUAUUGUAUCCAGUAAUUAUCAAAUCAAGAGGACAGCGACAACAUAUCAAGCAAGUGAUACUGGUACACCAGCAAAUAUGGAGAGCAACACUAGCAUUGCUAAAACUACUGAAGAGUGUACAGCAGAUCAUAAUGUUCCCCUUAAAGUACCAACUAUGUUAGUUGGUAGAGAAAAACGCAAUGUAUCACCAACCACGCAGGAAAUUUUUCUUGAUCCCCAGUCACCAUCAUCAUCGUCCUCCACUUCACAGGCCACUAGUGCCAAUGAUGCGACUUUUGAACCCACCAUUGAAAUGAUGGUAAAUGAUUUCGAUGAUGAGCAAACUUUAAAUGAGGAAGAAGCUUUAGCUGCUCUAGAAUCACAGGAUCCAGAUGAAGAAAUAAAUACUUUAAAGGAAGAAAGUGAAAUGCCUUUGGAAGAAUUGUUAGCGAAAUACAGCGCUUUGCCUCCUCUGCCGCCAACAAUAGAGCCAUUACGAAAAAAAUCUAAAAAGUCUUCAUCAUCAUCACACAAGAAAAAACACAAAUCGAAACAAAAGCAUAAUAAUGUUCGUCCUCAACAUAUUCCAAAUGAAUGUAUUGAGCAAUGUACUGCUUCCAAUGAAGAUGAUGACUCUACGAUAAACGCCAAAGCAAAUUUAGAAUUAAAUAAUGCGGAGAGUGUAGAAGAAAGGGAUAUGUCUGAAGAAAAAAAGGUGGAUGAUUAUGAUGAAGGCGCCAGCAGCCCCUCUUCACCACAAAAACCAACAACACCCUCGCUAGACGAAGAGCGCAAAGAAGACGAAGAAAGUGCUUUUGUUAACGACAAUGGAAUUCAUAGUGAAAUUCUUAAAGUUCGUCGAUCUCAUUUACUCGAUCUGUAUCCAGAAGGAACAUUUGAUAAUGUUGUAAUUAAUGACGCUAUUGCAGGCAAUAGUAAAGAAACAGAUAUUCCCCUAGAAUCCUUAUAUGGCGUUGAGGAUGACGAUGAAGACGAAGAAAUUGAAGAAGAGGAGGAUGAAGACUAUAAAAAGAAAGUGAUGAUUGGAUCAUCAUAUCAAGCUACUAUACCAGUGGGUCUAUCGCAGUAUGGCGAUAUUUUACCCUAUGAAAAUGAAGAUAAACUCAUUUGGGAACCCAGUCAAGUCAGUGAACGUGAAGUAGAAGAAUAUUUAAUUAAAAUUAGAGAUAUUAAAUCUAAUCAACAAGGCGAUGAAGAGGAAGACGAGGAUUCCGCACUUGAUACAAAUUUGGAAAAUCAAUCGAAGGAAAAUGUUAGAGCUGACAAUAAUAAAGACAAUUUGGAAAAUAAUUCACUUUUAGCAAAUGGUAACAAAUUACACCUCGAUACUGCAGCGUCUUUAGAUAUGGACAGUCAAGCUGUAGUUAAAGAUAACGAGCAGGCUCUUCACUUAUUGGUGCAAUGUGGUUACGAUUUUAAGGAAGCUUUACGACGAAAACGUCUAAAUGCACUUCCCCUUAAUGAUUGCAUGAGUUUGUGGUCUGAAGAAGAAUGUCAUAAAUUUGAGGAGGGCAUACAAAAGUAUGGAAAAGAUUUUCUAAAAAUUAGACAACAUCAAGUGCGGACACGCACUAUGCGGGAAUUGGUACAAUUUUAUUACCUAUGGAAGAAAAGUGAAAGAAGAGAUCAUAAUUUCGCCAAUGCUGAUACCGUAGAUCAUAUGGAUAUUUAUUUAAAUGAGGAUAACGAAUACGGUUCCAAUUCUACCUCUGCUAUGACACCAGUAGGCUCACCAGUGGCUAAUAUUUCAAAUUGCACAGGCACUCGAAGAAAUAGCAAUGCUUCACAGAAAAACGUUUCCAUAAUGACUACUACCACUUCAACAAACAAUACAACAUCGACAGCAACAAUAAAUUUAAAUUUAGAGAAAAAUGCUUCUAAUACUUCUCAGCAGCAACAUCAUAAAAGACGUACCAACAACAGUAGUAUAACAGCAUGCGAUUUUAGCAAUGAUAACUCUGGGAUUCUGCACAGUAAUACCACCAAAUGAUGACAACGGACAAAGCGGUCUAAAAAACGUUAUAUACCGAUUCAAAAUCGUGUCAAAAGAAAACGUAAACGCAUAAUAGUUCGUAGACAUUUUCGUAAAAGUGUAAAUUUACGCGAAACAGCAACUAGUAUUGCGAAUUGAAACAACAUAAAAAGUAAUAAUAUUCCAAUUACAAACAUAAGUAAACAUAAGUACAUACAACACUUUUAUACAUAAAAUUUAAAUAUGGACACAUUUUAAAUGAAACAUGUAUUGGAAAGAAUAAAUUUUUGAAAUCCCUUCUUGAGUUGUACUCAUAAAAAACAUUUAGAUUUUGUUUUUAUUUACAAAAAAAUGUGUUUUAGUCACAGUUUUUUUUUCCAGUUUAAUAGAUUUUUAGGAGGAAAACAUAGAAGCGAAUUUAAGUUGCCAUGUAUUCUUCUAUAGUUUUUAUUACAUUAUUUUCAGUUUAUUAUUGUCCAAUUCUUGUUAUAAAUUGUAAAUCUGAUUUACUUUUGUGCACAGAAAGAAAUAAAUGCAAAUGUAAUAAUAAUGUAAAAACGUUAAGUUUUACAAAUUGUAUAAAAAAAGUGUUUCAAUUCGUUUUAAAAACCAAAAUUCAAUACAACAACCUAAGUUACAAUCAUAGAUAGUGAGUUUAGAUCGUUUAGAUCUAAUUUCGAAUUUGUGUUAAAUAUUAAAUUUUUUGUAAAAAUUAUGAAAGUAUGUUUGGCCAAUAAUUUAAAUGUUUCAAUUAAAAUUUAGAAUUUUUGUUAACACUCCAAAUGUUAUUA